UAAAUCUCGGUUUCAACUCAUCGUCUUGACAUGUGUCAAGAUAACUCAAAGUAACUCAAAACGUCAGGUUAUAUAUAUUGCUCGGUGUUUUUAGUUUAGUGUCUCUAUGUGACUAACUUGGAACAAUAAUAAAACUUCUGCGUCACAUGCGUUGAGAAAAAGGCCCUAUGGCCAUUAAUUCACUCACGGAUUAUCAUCAUUCGGCUGGAAUUUUCUUGUCGAAAUAUAUAUAUUCAUAUACCUUUUGACACCAUCGAUUUAUUAAAAUGGUGAUUUGUGAAUCUUUCAAUAUUUACUUAUCAUUCAUUUCUAUAUUCUGGUCAUUAUUAUUUUCGCCACAUAUCUAUGGUUAUUUAAUUGGAGCCGGAAUAUAUGACAUAACUGGCCCAAUAACCGACAUCAAUAUGAUGGGCUAUGGUAAUAUGAAACAAAAUGAUAAUGGACUUCAUUUAAGAUUAUUUAGUCGUGCAUUUAUUAUUCAAGAGAAUUCUAGUUCACAACCAAUUGUCAUUGUUAUAAUAGAUGCUGGUAUGGUAUCACAAGCCGUUAAAAUUAAAGUCAUCGAUAAUUUGAAAAGUCGAUACGAUAAUGGGUUAUUCACACAUCAAAAUGUUUUAAUUAGUGCAACACAUACUCAUUCCGGUCCUGCUGGUUAUUUGCAAUAUGUUCUAUAUUCAUUUACGUCUCUUGGAUACGUUCCUGAAACAUUUCAACCAUUAGUUGAAGGAAUUGUUAAGAGUAUUGAUUCAGCUUAUUCUAAUAUGAAAGAAGGAAAAAUAUUAAAAGCUGAAGGAGAUUUACAUAAUGCUAGUAUCAACCGUAGUCCAGCGGCUUAUUUAAAGAAUCCAGUAGAAGAACAAGCUCAGUAUGAUGAAAAUAUAGAUAAAAAUAUGAUUUUAUUAAAAUUUGUUACAAUGAAUAAUACACCAAUCGGAAUGAUCAAUUGGUUUGCUGUACAUCCAGUCAGUAUGAAUUCUACGAAUACUUUAGUUAGCAGUGAUAAUAAAGGAUUAGCAUCAAUUUUAUUUGAACAAAAAAUGAAUCAUAAUCAAAUGUUAGGAAAAGGUCCAUUUGUUGCUGCGUUCGCUCAAGCUAAUGAAGGUGAUGUUUCACCAAAUACUGCUGGUCCACGUUGUAUUGACACUGGUUUACCAUGUGAUUUUGUGCAUAGUAGUUGUGGUGGUCGUGCACAAAAUUGUAUUGCAUACGGUCCUGGUUCAGAUAUGUUUGAAAGUACAAAACUAAUUGCAUACAAGCAAUUUGAAAAAGCAUGGUUAUUGUUUAAUAAUGCUACUACUGAGAUAAAUGGACCUGUUAACUUUAUUCAUCAAUUUAUUGACAUGACAAAUAUAAGUUUAAAUUAUAAAAAUUAUUCAGGUCAUACAUGUGAACCAGCCAUGGGUUUUAGUUUUGCUGCUGGUAUUACACAUGGUAGUUUAUUUUGGCGGAUUAUUCGAAAUUUUAUUAAAACACCAAGUGAAAAAUUGAUUAAGUGUCAAGCUCCAAAACCCAUUCUUCUUGCUACCGGUGAAAUGAAUACUCCUUAUCCUUGGCAACCGUCUAUUGUUGAAACUCAAAUUGUAUCGAUUGGAUCUCUUUUAAUUGUUGCCUUACCUGGUGAAUUUACCACAAUGUCUGGAAGACGUAUUCGUGAAGCAGUGAUUGAAGCUGCUAAUAAUGCUUCUAAACAGAAUGAUCCAAGUUCAACUACACAAUAUGAAGUAAUUCUUUCUGGUCUGUCAAAUGUUUACUCAAGUUAUAUUGCAACUCCUGAAGAAUAUCAACUUCAACGAUAUGAAGGUGCAUCUACUAUUUACGGUCCACUUACACUUCCUGCUUAUGUUAAUCAAUUCAGCUUUUUAGCAGAAGCAUUAGUUAAACGACAAAAAGUUUCUCCCGGAACAGUAGCUCCAUAUUUUUUCAAUGAACAAUUCAGUUUUGUGCCGAAAAUUUUAUUUGAUACAGCACCAUUAGGAAAACCAUUUGGUGCUGUAAUUAAACAACCAAAUUCAACUUACUAUAAUAAAAAUGAUAUUGUUGAAGUACAUUUUGUCACUGCUUCACCACGUAAUAAUGUGCUUUUAAAUGGAACAUAUCUUUCUAUUGAAUUAUAUAACAAAACAUUAAAUAAAUGGAAUAUUCUGUAUACAGAUGCUAAUUGGGAAACAAAAUUUAUUUGGAAUCGAGACGGAUUUUUAUCAUGGUUACUUGGUCGAAGUUAUGCUAUUAUAGAAUGGACAAUUAGUUCAAUUGAUGGUAUAUGUAUUCCUGGUAUUUAUAGAAUAAAACAUUAUGGUACAUCUAAAAAUAUAUUUGGUGAGAAAAAACAGUUUUCUGGUAUAACAAAUAAUUUCACAGUAUUAUGUUAA